AUGACGAAUCUUUCAAGUAAACUAGCUCAGCUAGAGGAUGAUGGUAAACCUAUCCAAAUUGCCAUUAUUGGGGCAGGAAAGUUCGGGUCGAUGUUCAGCUCGCAGUCGCAUCGUACGGCUGGUAUGAGAAUAGCAGCUAUCGCAGAUUUGUCACCCGAGCGGGCGCUGGCAGCUCUAGAGCGGACAGGAUAUCCCGAAGAGCGAUAUGAUGCUACCCUAACCAAAUCAAUCAAGGAAGGCAUCGAAUGUGGUCAGACCAUCAUCACAAAAGAUGCCUCCGCAAUGAUCGCAAGCCCUGGAAUCGAUGUAGUAUUGGAAAUGACUGGUAACCCAGUAGCAGGUGUUAAGCAUGCGCUUCUGUGCUGUGAACACAAGAAGCAUAUUGUCAUGAUCAACGUCGAAGCCGGUGUCCUAGCUGGACCUCUACUCACGCGGAAAGCGAAGGAAGCAGGUAUUAAAUAUUCUAUGGCAUACGGAGAUCAACCUGCUCUGAUAGCCGAGCUGGUAGAUUGGGCAAGGACGGCAGGAUCCGAUGUUGUCUGUGCUGGAAAAGGAACAAAGCACCUUCCAGAAUAUCAUUAUUCGACACCGGAUACUGUCUGGGACUACUACGGGUUUACAAGAGAACAACUUGCGACGGGUGAUUUCAAUCCUCAGAUGUUCAACUCCUUCCUGGACGGAACGAAAUCAGCUUUGGAGAUGGCAGCUGUUGCAAAUGGCUGUGGAUUGAAACCACCAAAUCACGGUCUUAGAUUCCCACCAUGCGGGGCGCACGAUCUUCCAGAAGUGCUGAAACCAAGGUCUGACGGUGGCCAGCUAGAGAGAAAGGGAACCGUUGAAGUGGUCUCUUGCCUCGAACUUGAUGGCAGGCCAGUCUUCAAUGACCUUCGCUGGGGUGUUUACGUUAUUAUUGAGGGUGAGAUCAAUCAGAAAACCGCUACUGAAACAUACAGCUGA